CACAUUCGUACUGCUCUUUAGGAAUUCCGGACAGCGCAUACAAACAUUUUUACAGCAAAAAUAGUAACUGAUUUUGUGGAUAUAUGUGAUUGUAUUGCUUAUAAUGGAAUAUGUGCAUUUCUUUGUAAAAUAGUCAAGUCAAGACACGCAGUACUUAAGAUCCAUAUCUGACACAUCAUAUGAUGAACCAAUCAGACGAAGAAGACAGUGUGAGCGAUCGAGACAGAACGUCAUCGGUAGACCAUGACGUCAUUGAUUCAUCACAAAGAAAUAAUGUAAAAGGUGCCGCGAUGACGUCAUCAUUUUCCGAUAAGAAACCCAAUGGCGGUUUACUUGCGAUGCUUGAAAACGAAGCUUGGGAUCAUACCCAAACUGACGCCAUAUCGAUGACAUCACAAAUGACAUGCGAAUACAUGUACAAUGACGUCAACGCAGUUGAUUAUCACAGCUCGAAUUUUCCUAGCCUGCUUAAUCGUCUUGGGAAAAAAACGUCAAGUCGUAGUUCUUUUCUUCUGAUUCCAUCGGACAAACCGGAAAGGAAGACUCGUCUACCAUUGGAAAAACAGGAUACAAAGACUCGUCUACCAUCGGACGAACAGGAUAGAAAGAAUCGCCUUUCACCGAAUGAACCGGAAAGAAAGACUCGCCUUCCACAGGGAAUUUGGGGAACUCUUGAAAAAUCGAAACCAAAGAAAAAGACCCAAAAGAAAUCUACAAGUUCGGAGAAAGAUUACAAUUCCUUCGGCGAACGCAUGAAACAGAAUAAUUUUUUGCUAUGGGAACGCAUAGAGAACAAGUCACGUGAGCGAAUGAAGCGUUACGACCAAUGGGUGGAGGGCAUGGACGAGCGCAUACGCAAACAGAGGCUCAACAUCAAACGGCGAUCGCAGCAGCUCCUUCAGUCAUUGGAGGACCAGGAAAACCAGAAGCGAGAAGAGAGGAUGUUUGCCUCCCCACACGGCCGGAUGUGGCGCCACCAUCGCUCCAUGCAGCGGCGAGCCUUCAGUCUGGAGCCGAUGAAGCAACCGAAGCUUGACUCUAUAGAUAGGACACCUGAAAGAAAACGUGCACAGGUUAUCUGGUGACCGAAUGGCGGACUUUUUUGGACCACAUUCUUUUAUGUUAUAACGUGCGGACACGCCUGAAAAAUGUUAACAAUUCAGACAUUAAUAAUUAUAUUCAUAAAAUUGUUGCCUUAAUUGUUGCCAUGUACCGUCUUCGCAGUGUCGAUUGAUGCCAGUAGUCGCUGAUAUAGAACAUUCAGAAUAUAAAAGUCAAAUGUUUUACUUCAUUUAUUUGUCAUAAGCUCACAAUUAUGUAUGUUUAUGUUAGUUAUUCAUAUUGAAAAUGUUCUGUUCUCUUGUCUAAACUUUGUUACUUCUUCUUUAAGACAAUAUGUAUUACAAUAGUACAAUACA